AUGCUAACCUUUGUUCCUAUUGUCUUUAUUCUGGUGCACAUGUGGGGCACACUUAGAUGGAUCCUAUUUAUGUAUGCUGACAUUGGAAAAUUACACACAUGGUGGCAUACAGUGCUUCUUUGUCUCCAGGUGAGGGAUUCAUCUCGAUUGACGACAAUUUAUUAAAGUGUAAACUUAAUGAUAGCUCAGUUAUGUAAAAUGUUACACCGGCGAACACAUAUUCUUAAGAUUACCUUACCGCGGUAUGAGUAACCAGGGAUUUUCUUUCUGCCGCUUUAAAUCGCUCAUUACGUGUUAAAUCACGCCAUCACCCUGUCAUAUUACUUAGAGAGGGUACUCAAGGGACAUUUGGGUAGAAGUGCAUGCGCCGUCGAAGUUUUCAAACCCUGAGCCUGUUUAAGACAAAAACUGUUCAUUUCGCAAAACCAGUUUAAGGCCUCCUUUAGUUAUCCUGGUUCAUUUCGUUUCUCACACAUAACAAGAACGCUCUUAAGAGUCUCGCUUGCUCGGCGAUUAGAUAAGAAAUGAGGAGACGAUUAAUUCUACACCAAACAGGAUUUCCUCGCUAAACGUUUUUCACCUCCUACUUUAUUAGCGGUCGAGUAUUCUUCAGGAUAAUUAAUUCUUAUAUGGUAUUCGACGAUUUGUUUCCGAAUUGAUUGAGUGCGCGUGUACAAAUACACGAAAAUCAAGGGCCUCGAUUCGAGAGCCUUACAUCAUUCCCAGAGAGAAAAAACGUGAUGAACAUAGCGCGUCAUUUCAAUCAUCGCUGAGUAUAGACUACAUGCUCAUCACAAGCCUCAUUUGCAUACGAUAAAAGUUUACAACACCCGACCCGCUAGCCUCACGAUCGAAGUAAAGAUUCUUUUUUUCGACCACUGAAGUAUUCACUUGUUCCAAAGUAAUCAACGCUUUUAAACGAUAGAAUUUAUGGGCCGACCCGUUCCGAAAAAGGUCAUGUAUAGUGUACUUUCGAAUCAAUCUCUCCUAAGCUUUCUUGACCACGGUCUCUGCUAGGAACGCUUGGAACCAUGAUUUCCUUUUGGCGUGCUCACACGGAAAAAAAAAGAAACGCUUGCAUUUUUAGAGUCUCGCAGCUAAAUCAAGCGAGACUAAUUAGCGUAUUUCUUAAUCUCUUAGAUCGUGGAAGUAGACUUUUUGAAAAUAUUGUUGCUAUUACAAACCGCUCAUCGCCAACCUUGACAUUCCUUGAAAAAAAUUAGGUCCAAAAAGACACCUGUUUAAGACGUGAAAUUGUUUACUCUGUUUAGGACUCAAGACCCUCAAAACAAGAAUACCUGAAAACCAUUCCCUUUACAGCGGUACAACCCGUUUAGGCUAAAUAUUAAAAGGGGGUACCUGCCGAAUGGGCAUCAGAGAGAUCUCUAGCAAUAUUGGCAAGGAAGUUGCGUCAAAAUUUUUGUCGAAUUCUUGCCGAUAUUUUCCAUGACUGUGACAUUAAUUUUCACAAAAAAGCUGAUACAAGCCAACACUUACUCAACUAUCAUCAUUAAAUCAGGUGCAAGUCCUUCCGGGUGCACUCACUGGGUUUCAUUCUAAGUCGAUAGCCCUCUGUUGAUAGAUAUUUGAUAACUACAGAUCUUACGCAGUCACACUCCAUUUAAUUUUUCCUCCUUUUUCCUUUCUUUUGGCUUUUGUAAACGUCGUUUUUCUGUUAUUAAUAUCAUAAAACUAGAAAGUAGCAAUAUUAAAUCCAUUUGUUUGGAUGCCAACGACUCUUAUAACAGUCGCUUUAUAGUGUGUUCUUGUUAUAGAAGUCCAACUAAGUGCAAGGAAUCUGAUUUUCUAGCCCCCCUAUCAACAGCUGCCAAAAAUAAGGAUAACGCUAGAAAGGAGCUGCUUUUACUUGGAGACUUCAAUGUGGACAUGUAUAAGAAUAGUGAUAAAGGCUUUUUUCCUGACAUAAGGCUGAUAGACUUCUGUAAUCGAUUCUGUCUCGUAAACCGAAUCAAUGAACCGAAAAGAAUAAGUAAAACAUCCAAAAGUCUCAUCGAUGUUUUGUUAACUAAUCACCCGGAAUGUUAUGCUACUAGUAGGUGGAAUGAGCGAUCACUACUUAAUCUUUACAGUGCGAAAAAAUAAGAAUUCAAGGCCAAAGCCGUGCUUGAUCUAGUCCGAAUUUCAGACGAUUACUUCGAGUCUUUUUGACUCCCUCAAUGACGUCUGAACCGACCAGUCGUUAAUGCCGUCCAGUGACGUCACUAUUCCUUUGCUUUAAUUCAUGCAAAAUAAAACACGAUUUUCAACUGAACUUCUGUCUGGAAAUGUCUACAUGAUACAGAACUGCUUUACUCUUUUUGACUGUAAUUCAUUUUAACGUUUAAACUGUCAACUGCAUGCGGUACUCUGAACGAAUCCGUUGUAAUUCAAUAAUCAAAAUCGAUCGCAAUCACACAAUGAAAUAAGCUUAAAUGCACACACGGAACACUUCAAAAACACAACAAUUUUCUUUAAUUGAAAAAAGCUAUUUGGUCCUAAACGAAGAAAGAAGAAAACAAGAAACACUUGGCGGUGGAAAUGGCAAGAAGCUCAAAUUAUAACUUAAAUCCCAGAAAACUUCGCACAAACAUGAAACAAAGUCACUGCCGAAACCACGAAACCGACUCUAAAUGAAAAAUCUACUGACUCUCGGCAAUGAUUCUUCAUUCGUAACACAAUUUAGUUUCGAAGACGAGGGCAAUUUAGCUGUUUACGAUAAAGGUUGUCGAAAUGUUGAACUCCAAGAAAGCGUGCCAGGCAUGCGAUUCGCUGAGUAUCAAACGACAAUCCCGCUAAAAUUUCUCAUAAUUGUACAUAAUUAUGCGAAUGUUUGGACAAUCAAAAUCACUACCCGGUUUUCGGGUCGUGACGUCACCGGACGGACGUUGCUGAGAGGAGAAAACGACUCGAAGUAAUCGUCUGGAAUUUAGGCUACGCUUGAUCGAGUUUAGGAGUAUGAAGAAUUUUAACUUGCCUGACUUUUUGGCUGAAUUAAAAAGGAUCCCAUGGUCAUCGGCCUACACAUUCGACAAUGCUGAUGAUGUAUGAAACAAAAGAAGCAAGGCUGAUUUUACGAUCUGGAAUAUAUAUAAUUCUACCAAUAUUUCGGAAGACAGGGCCUUCCUUCUUCAGGGUCUUACAUACGAUGAUGAGCUUAAGCUAAGACGUUGCUAUUUGAAAUAAAGAAUAGGGGAAAGAUAAAAAUUUCGAUUUUAUCACGAAAAUACUGUUCCGAUUUCUUGGAUUUGGACAUUUUAAGGUUUCUAUUGUCAUAGAAAACUAGACUUAAGUAGUUUUUUGGAAUGAAAGGUCCAGUGAAGUAAUGAAUUUUAAAGAUUCCUUUCUAUCGUCGAGCAAACUUUACGAGCAAUCAUACCGACCGGUCACACUUUUGAGGGCCAGUGCACAGCAAGAUUGAGGACUUUAGACACAGCAAUAAGAGGUUCAUCAAAGGAUGUAUUAUACUUUACGUUGUGCGUUUUUUCAGCUCUUCAGAGCUAGUGGAACCCCAUAUCACUCCUCCUCUCAAAGUUUGCUUAGCUGUAGCGUUGAAAGAGAAAGCUAAAUGACAGGUAAUUGUGAGAGACUAAGAGCACUAAAUCUUGUUGCUUUACGGCAUUUUAAUACUGUAUUGGACAUACACCUGCAAUUCUGUAAUUAAAUCCCGAAAACCAAGAAAAGGUUUCGUUUAAUUAUUUUUAGGGGGCAAACCCAGUGGAGAUUUUGGGUGAUAAUAUUGAUGAUUAAGACGAUGUACAAAAGGCAAGUUGAACUUUCGCCAGUGGGUCACUGGUCGGUGUUGGGUGUAAAUUAGUACAGUUUGUGGUGUAUUGUGUGUUGUUUGUCAUGAUGUCAACUAACAUUGAAAAAAAUUCAGCUGUUUCAGAGGAGGGACAUGUCUUUACAGGGCUUAUGGUUUUUAUCUGGUCGUAAGCUUGGCCAGUAUGCAGAUCAAGAGCUUUUGAAAUCCCUUUUCCAAAAUAAAACUCCGGACUUAAGCUUUAAAUAUAUAUUGAUCCAAGUGUAUGACCAACAGGGUCAGCAGUAAGAAUAAAGAAAAAAAGGCCAAAGGGAAAAAUAGUGUUAAAAAAGAGACCAAACAGGAAAAAAAAACGGUACAAAAAAACAGAAAUAGCGUCGCCGGGAGUCGCACCCGGUUUAUCUGCACGUGCAAGCAACUCCUUGACCACUGCACCAUAGUGACGCACAUGAUUUGAAGAAUUAAUUUGUCAUAUCAAAACAAUUUUUCUCUGCCAUAGACGCUGUUUGAAGCUGGUGGAGCUGUAUUUAUCACGGAUUCAAAUAUACAUUUGAGGAAAAUUAGCUUAAGCGCGUAUUUCAUAGCUAUUUCGCAUUAUUUCGGGUUCAACUGGGCCGACUCGAUGUAGUUAAUCGAUCGAACUACGAUAGCUUUACUGAAUUUGGUGGAGUAUUAGGAGAUCAACAGAGGCCCAAACUCGAAAGGAAUGAUAUGAAGUUAGGCCCAUUUAAUUAGCAAAAGAAUAUAUGAAAUACAAACAUGCGUGAUCUGUGAAUGGAACCUCCUAUUCUGGAGACUAGACCUCUCCUAGUUUAGAGAAAAAAAAGGUUUAAGUUUUGAUGACCUUGCCGGUCCCGUGAAAUAGAUGGCGAUCCCGCAACACGGCCCGCAAAACAAAUUAAAAAAAUUAUACAAUCACGGACACAAAAUAUCAAAACGGUUUACACAAGCAGAUUAUAGCAACACCAAAGCUCACAGACAUUCCAUCAAUUAAGCGAUAUAUAGCGAUAUUUGCUAGCUUCUUAGCUUUCCCUCGACCUCGCUCGUCCAAAUAACUGUCGUAUCCCUUGCUAAUUUGCACAAGCGACCCGAGGCUCUUGGCCGUUACUAUGUAACGUCAUAGUUACCUUCCCCCCCUGGUGAUGAGUGAUAGGUCUGGUUUCGCCUGUAUAGUAGAAUGUGUAUGAAAUUUGUCCGUCAGAUAUGUAUUUGCAAGUGAGACAGUUUUUUCCGCAUGGGUAUGAGCCCCGAGGCUGGUUGCGUUGUGUGACAUUGCCCAAACAAGAAAAUCACUGAGGUUACUACUACGUCUACAAGCUACAAUGGGCGCAGCUUUAAAGACGUUAUAACAACGGGGGAUGAAAUAAGGAUGUGAAAGUGUUUGCGAAUAAUGGAUGAGAUGGAACGAAGGGCUGAGUUGUAGGUGAUAACGAAGGGAACACGUUCUGGUUUGUCCAGUGUGGAAGUGUCAUGGGGCGUAAGUGCUUCUGUCCGUGUGAUUUUCUUAACUCGUUGUUUUUUCCGUUGAAGAAAAUAGCGGUUAUAGCCACGUUUAUAAAGAUAGUCAAUAAGUUCAUUGGUGCGUAGUGUGAAGGUCUCGUUGGUUGAACAAAUGCGGUGGAGUCUGAGAGCUAGACUGAAAGGAAUAGCACGUUUGAUGUGUAUGGGAUGACAUGAGUAAGUAUUGGUUUUUGUCUGUAGGUUUGGUGUUAAGCCAGUCAGUGAGGAUUUUGCCAUUGUGAAGUGAGAUGUUGACAUCGAGAAAGGGUGUGGAUGUGAAGGAAUAGUCGCAUGUGAAUUUUAUGGUGGGGUGAAUGUCACUGAGAAAGGAAGUGAAUGUGUUAAGGUCCUGUACUGAUAGUGUCCAUAUAUCAUAAAGUUGUCGUCUAUGUAACGCUCAUUGCCGUCUGAAUGGAAGCAAGCGCGCCUCACUCCUGUCUUUAAACGUGGGAUUGACACAGACAAAGCAAACUACCGCCCUGUCUCAAUAUUAACUUCGCCAUCGAAGUUGUUUGAAAAAAUUAUUUACGACCAAACUUGGAAUGCAUUUCGUAACGUUUUGUCCUCAACCUUAUCUGGAUUUAUGAAAACCCACUCUUGCUGCACUGCAUUGCUAAAAGUGACUGAAGAUUGGAGGAAGAGUAUUGAUAACAGGGAAGUUGUAGCGGCGGUCGCAGUGGACCUGAGCAAAACGUUUGACGCCAUAAACCACCGCCUUUUGAUUGCGAAACUGAAGGCCUAUGUUCUCUCCACAUACCUGCAAGGUCGUCAACAAUGUGUCAUAUUAGAGGGCGCGCGCGUGCUCUAACUUCAAAACAGUGAAAUCUGGCGUUCCUCAAGGUUCCCCAUUGGACAUUGGACAGGGAACUAAGAUUAAAGCAUAAAAAUAAACAAAAUAAGAACUUAAAGCUUGGAAAAAGAUUUGUAUCGCAACCCUCCCACUCCACAGCCCGUUUUAAGAUCCCAUGUAGAAGUUUUAUUUCAACCUCAAAUGCAGUUUAAGUAUAUAUUGAAACGAUUUCAAGAUCAGUAAACUUGACCAAGAAAAAAAUUCAAUUUGAUUCAGAAGUAUUUGAUUCAAGGACUCUAGAUUUUUUGUGUGACCUUGAAGACUUUCAAGUGGCGGUUAGUUAAAGUGACGAACGAAGUGCAUGUUAAACGGGUGAAUUCCACAAGCUGAGUUCAAUCUUGCCAGUUUUUUUAAUACAAAGCCAUUGCAUUGAACUUUACCAUAUAUCAUGCACUCUAUUUAAGAAAUGAUAAACGUGCAGCGUGCAUCCAUCGAGUUUUUGAUGCACGCGGGAGGUUGCUAAGCACGAAAGAACCGCCUGUUUGGCUCAGUUGGGAGAGCGCCGGGCUGCUGAGCGGGAGGUCACGGGCUCGAACCCCGGCCGGACCAACACUCAGGGUCUUUAAAUAACUGAGAAGAAAGUGCUGCCUUUGUAAUGACAUCUGCAAAUGUUUAGACUUUCUAGUCUUCUCGGAUAAGGACGAAAAACCGUAGGUCCCCUUCUCACAGCACUUUCCCUGAUUUGUUCUUGUGGGACGUAAAAUAACCCACAUCACUAUUCGAAAAGAGUAGGGGUCGUAAACCCCGGUGGGGUUGUGGUAUUGGGUAGGGAUGGUACCUCGCAUGGGACCUGAGUACCGUUCGUGCACAUUCCCUCUGGGCUGGCAUGUGUCCAGAAAAGCUGGUAACAAAUAAAUAAAUAAUAAAUACAGUCGAACCUCGAUUAUCCGGACCUCCAUUAUCAGGAUUUUUCAGUUAUCCGGACUUUUUCUCUGUUCCCAAUUUGGUCAUGAAUAUUUAUUAGUCAAGAUCAAGAUCAGUAGCCAUAUCCUUUUUAAAACUACAGCAUUGAAAAGAAAAAGGAGUUGCACGAGGCGAUAGCAACUCUAGCUUCUUUAGUGUUUAGCAAACCACCCAAAGUGCAUCCAUAACUCGAUGGUUGCACAGAUGCAACGUUUACCAUUUCUUUUAUAACAUAAUAAAAAGAGAAAACAAUUCCAUUUGCUUUCGGUUGGGUCAGUCAUCGGUACUGUAGACAAGUUGAUGUAUGCUGUCAUCUGCCCGCGAGUAAACAAAUCAAGCCUUUCAAUUUUUCUUUCGCCUAAUCAACCGUUCUCCGUCUUAAGGUAAAUUGCAACACGUUUUUUGUUGUUAUUUUGAAUGGCAUCUUGUCUACUUGGCCGGUAAAUACUUCGACGGAAAACUAUAGCUGCUACUGUAAACACUAUAAACUAAACUAGUAUACCUAAAGGGUAGAAAUGCUACCGUAGGCAAGGAAUAGUGAAGAAAUGGAAUUAAAUUAAAUGUGAAGUUUUUAUUUGAAGGUGAUAUGAGGCUAAGAGGACUAUCCAAAAUCGUUGUCAGUGAUGACCAAAAUUUAGAAAUUAUCUUCCUUUUGAGUAUUGCGUUUAAGGUGACUAACUUAAUUAUGAGCCAGUUUUAGUAGUUUUCUAACGUGCUCGUGUCGCGUCAGAAGUGGCCAGAUAAUUCUCGAUUUUUGUUAUGUAUAAGUUCAAUCAUUCUCGCUUUUAAAUGAAUGGCCGAAAUUUAUUUUGAAGCUUUGAUUUGGCUAUACGAGCAAAUUUUGUAGCUAUGGUGUUCAGUCUUUCUGUUCGCACAAAAAUCGAGCGAUUUCCACGAAACUUAAUUUUUUUUUAGUUUAAGACUCUUUAUUUCAUCUGCCAAGUUUAAGGAAAUUUGUUCGACUGUGAUCUGCGCUACAAGAUAGGUUUGAGAAACGACAAUAAAAACACAACAUUAACUUGGCCAACUGUGUCACGAAUUAAACACUAAUUUCAACAAUUUUGGAGGGCAGUUAUGCUCAAUUUUUGAUAAAUAUGAUACAUAAAUUUGGGGCUCGUAGCUCUAAUGCUGCAAUAAAGGCUGCGGCUACAUGGCCGGUAACCGGUCAUGAUUUUCAAAAGACUAAACGACCGGCUGUCCGAUACUUUUUUCAAUAAUUUUGACAAAUCGAAGAAUCCCAGCCAGACCAAAAUUAUGAUACGUCGAUUUAGAAUAGACUGAGAGACUUAGUUUCUGAUCAACAAAUAAUGUUGUCAAAGUGUAAGUCUCUUCAAUGUUAAAGGAAAAAAAAUUGAAUCGACUAUGAGCAGAUUCGAUCCCGGAGCAUAGGGCCUGCCUACAAUUACUCUAACCACUAGGCCAUCGUGGUUUCUCUGCUAGUUGAUUAUUUUAUUCAAAUAUUAUAGCGUAAACCCCAACCCAAAAGAGAAGCUAACCGUUAACCUUAAUCACUAUUCUCAGGGCUUAACCUUAAUCAGUAUGGUUAGUGCUUAAAUUAGUAUUUUCAGUGCUUAACCCAAACCACUAUAAUCAAAAUAUCGGACUUAUAAAAUAUUGCAUUUUGUGCAAAAUAUGCCUGAAAGAUAUUAAACGGCUGCUUGCUACUAUGCUACGCUAUUUUGUUGGUCUUAGCGUGUUCUGCUUUCCGAAAACCAACACAAAUAUACAAAGGUCUCGAACUUUUCUUUCAUUCUGCCUUAGCAUCGACUAUGAUGAAUUCGUCAUGAAUGCCUUCGGUUCUCGGUCGAAAAGUGUUGGCCAACUGCAAAAGUACGGAGCACGUACAAAGUUGUUUAUUUUGUAAUUAGACCUUUUGUUUCUAUACUUUACGAGAUUACAAAUUAUUCCAAUUGCAGUUGAAAAUCAGGGUAAGAAGAAAGUACGUGGUAAUCCACUGCGCAUUUUAAAUCUCCCAUUCCAGCAUAGCCACAAUUCCUUGCGAGUCUACUGCGCAUCCUAAAUCUUCCAUUCGCACUUAACCACAAUUACUUGCGAGUCCAUUGUGCAUCCUAAAUCUUUAGGUCGCGCAUAACCACAGUUCCUUGCGUUUGGUAAGAAAAAGUGAUUGAAUGCCCUUAUAAUGUAAUUUUUUGCCGAUUAGAGAGCUGCCUCGUUCGCUGGCUUCAGGCUCACUCACUGCGGCAGCAAAAAAUAAUUGUGUGAUAAUUUUUGCAAUAAACGAAAAGAAGAAAAAUUGAAAGUGUUUCCUUUAGAAUAACAGGUAACACCAAUUUUAAAAAAAUUAGCUAGUUUCGUAUCGAAAUUUGUCAGGGGGAAUCGAGCUGAAAGUCCAAAUUGCAAAAAUUCGCCGACACAGCUGUCGCUGAUAGACCCCUUUACGGUUGUGAGGGCAUACUGGGUAAUCAGGACAAGAUGGCGGGGAAUUCAAAGUUAACUUAUUCCUCCUAAUUUAAUGUACUCUCUUUGGAAACUUAAACUAAUGAACUUGAAGAAAUUAUACACUAUAUGAGGAGUGCACAGCAGUCCUCUGUCGCUUUUUAGAAAAUUUGACGUCUUCCAUACAUUAUCUGUAAUUUUUGUGUUGACGGAUUACAGAAAAUGAAUGGAAAAACUCAGGCUUUCUAAAAAGCAACAAAGGACUGCUAUGCACUCCAGAUUUAGUGUGUAGUUUCUUUAAGCUCAUUAGUUACAUAAUAAACAGAAGAGUCAUUUUUGGAAGAAAAUUGUUUGAAAACCCAAAGUUCCUGUACUCAAAUGAAAUUUGCGUACAUUCCAGCGUAAUGUGUCCGUAAUUAUAACUCAAUUAAAAUUUUUUAGCGAUGAAAGCUACCCAAAAAAUUAGCUGUCUCGAAUCUGAGCGCCUUUCCUACAAAAUUUGCUUUAGUUUAACUUUAACUUGUCUAAAACGUCAAUAACCCAGUACUAACUGAUGCAUUUCCAUUUGAAAAACAGACUUUCUGUACAAUAAAAACACACAAAGUGUACCUUAAAUCUCGCGCUUAAAUCCUCAAAAAACUUUGCUCACUUGGAGUUUUUCUUCUGAGGUCCCACCCGCGAAGACAACUGAACCUCAGAACGACAACUGAACAUUUUCUUCAACUUCCAUUUUUCAUUUGUAUAUUUUAUCGGUGCAUUUUAAACAGCACAGGAGAGGAGAUAUGCUGAAUUUGCCUCAAUUUUACCGCGCUAGCUUUUCAUGGCGUGCACCAAAAGGCAAAUGGUAGAUGGCUAACUGACCAAUCAGAGCGCGCGUUACCCUUGUCACGUUAUAACAGCAGCAUAUAACCCUGAAGCGUACAACUCUGUUUCAAUGCUGGGUUUUUUGGGGGAACCAAUCAAAAUUUACUUCCUAAUAUGGAAUUGCUGAUAUGCGAGACUGUCCCGCUAGUGUCAUGAAAACUUUGUAUGGCGAUAUAAGAGAAGCGCUACAAAGAAAGUUUUACGAAGUAAAAUUGGACCAAAAUAGGGAAUUCAAAAUGGACAGGAAUGACUUAUUCCGGACAAAAUAAAGUCAGCUAAUCAUGAUUAUCAUUCGUUGCAAAUUUUUUCUUUCUCUUCUUCCUUUUUGUUCUCACAGGGGUUUGGAGGCAGCAGCCAAGGGUUUGCCAAUUUCCUGCUGUUUUGUGUUUUCACUGAACAGUUCAAGACUCGCCUUCGUGGUGUUGCCCAAAAACUUUUUGUUUGCUGCCUUCUGCCAAUAAAACGGAAAUUACAGGAUAGCAGUGGAUACUCUGGCGAAGAAACACCAAUGAUUGAAACUCGGUCCCUUGCUGACAGCUGUCACAACAACUACGAGACCUACGACUGAUGCUGUUAUACUUGAUUUAACAAAAACUUGCUAAGAUUUAGUAAAGGAAGGGCAUUCUUAUUAUACUGUCACAGAACUAAAUGAAUUAUUUCGCUGUAUAAGACUUUUUAGGUUUUAGAAGCUGUUAAAUUUCUUGAUAGUGAAAACUGAUAAGAUAAACUGUCUGUAUCACUAUCAGCAGCUGGCCAAAGGGUAUUAUAUAAAUUUAAUUUUAUUAUCUGUAAUAACA